UAAUGUACAGCUCAAGGGGAAUUAUGCAUAUUUUCCAAGAUGUUUACUAUGGCUUUGCUGGUUUAAGUUUCCUCUAAACACACCCAAUGUUUAAGUUGUUGUAUUGUAUAAUUCAUUAUGUGGAUUGUAUAAUACUUCACUCAUGUCAAAUUUUACCGCCGUAACUUCUCUUUUAGUAGCCUUUGAUUUAUGAAAUAGUGCAAUGCCACUGUUGACUUGCGAAUUGAGAAUAAAGAAAACCGGGAAUAAAAUAAUUGAAUAAUUUGAUUUUGAAUCAGAGAGUUGAGAAUAAAAAAUCAUUUCAUGCCGAUAUAUAUACACAAAUUUGAAGCGAAAAUGGCAGCAAACUUUUAGUUCUUUAUUGCUAAAAAGCAAAAUGCGAUUCAGAACUACAAUAUGGAGACAUCAUCAAUCUCUGGAGAAGCUCAAACCCAAAUUCAGAAUCUACACCCUCGGUGUCGUCGUUGCAUCAGCGUCUCGUUUCCAUGUCGCACACAACCUGUUCGACAAAAGUCCUGACCGAGUUCAAGAAAACCACACAAGCUUGCUCUUCGGCUACUCCCGCGACGGACGCACUCAAGAAGCGACCAGACUCUUCUUAACCAUCCAUCGUUCCGGAGCCGAGAUGGACUGCUCAACCUUCUCCUCCGUGCUAAAGGUUUCCGCUACUCUAUGCGACGAGCUUCUCGGCAAACAGCUGCACUGCCAAUGCGUAAAGUUCGGGUUUUUAGACGAUGUGAGCGUUGGCACGUCGCUUGUUGACACGUACAUGAAAGGCAGUAACGUUAAAGACGGAAGAAACGUUUUUGACGAGAUGAAAGAGAGGAACGUUGUUACUUGGACUACUUUGAUAAGCGGGUACGCGAGGAAUGGGUCUAAUGAGGAGGUUCUGAAGCUGUUUAUGAGAAUGUAUGAAGAAGGGACUGAGCCUAACUCGUUUACAUUCGCAGCUGCUCUUGGAGUUUUGGCUGAAGAGGGAGUGAGUGGGAGGGGGAGGCAGGUGCACACGGUUGUUGUCAAGAACGGUUUAGACAAAACCAUUCCUGUUUCCAACUCUCUGAUUAAUCUUUAUCUCAAAUGCGGUAACGUUAGGAAAGCUAGAAUCUUGUUUGAUAAGACGGAAGUGAAGAGUGUGGUUACGUGGAACAGUAUGAUCUCGGGGUAUGCAGGGAACGGUCUUGAUUUAGAAGCGUUGGCGAUGUUUCACUCCAUGAGGCUUAACCAUGUCCGGUUAUCUGAAUCGAGCUUUGCUUCUGUUAUCAAGCUCUGCGCUAACCUCAAAGAGCUGAGGUUCGCGGAGCAGCUCCAUUGCAGUGUUGUGAAAUACGGGUUUUCGUUUGAUCAGAACAUAAAGACGGCUCUGAUGGUGGCUUAUAGUAAAUGUGCAGUGAUGUGUGAUGCUCUUACGCUGUUCAAAGAGACGGGUUUCCGUGGGAACGUUGUGACAUGGACAGCUAUGAUCAGUGGUUUCUUGCAGAAUGAUGGGAAAGAAGAAGCUGUGGACUUGUUUAAGGAGAUGAGGAGGAAAGGAGUUAGACCGAACGAGUUCACUUAUUCCGUCGUUCUCACUGCUCUUCCUGUGAUUUCUCCAUCAGAGGUCCAUGCGCAAGUUUUAAAGACUAACUACGAGAGAUCUUCAACGGUUGGGACUGCUCUUCUGGAUGCUUAUGUGAAGUUAAGCAAAGCAGAUGACGCUGCGAAAGUUUUUAGCAGUAUUGAUGAUAAAGACAUUGUUGCUUGGUCAGCGAUGCUUGCAGGAUACGCUCAGAGUGGGGAGACAGAAGCAGCUGUAAAGAUGUUUAGCGAGCUCACAAAGGGAGGGAUAAAACCGAACGAGUUCACAUUCUCCAGCGUCCUCAACGUGUGUGCUGCUGCUUCCGCAUCUUCUGGACAGGGAAAGCAGUUCCACGGGUUCGCUAUAAAAUCAAGAGUGGAUGACUCUCUAAUUGUUAGUAGCGCUCUUCUAACCAUGUAUGCAAAGAAAGGCGACAUCGAGAGCGCGGAAGCAGUCUUUAAAAGGCAGGGAGAGAGAGAUCUAGUGUCGUGGAACUCGAUGAUCUCCGGGUAUGCGCAGCACGGGGAAGCUACAAAGGCUCUCGAUGUUUUCGAGGAGAUGAAGAGGCGAAAGGUGAGAAUGGAUAGCGUAACGUUCAUUGGAGUGUUUGCUGCUUGUACACACGCAGGGUUGGUAGAAGAAGGCGAGAAGUAUUUCGAUAUAAUGGUGAGAGAAUGCAAGAUUGCACCUACAAAGGAGCAUAAUAGCUGUAUGGUCGAUCUAUACAGCCGAGCCGGGUUGCUUGAGAAGGCUAUGGAGGUCAUAGACAACAUGACAUACCCUGCUGGUUCGACGAUUUGGAGGACAGUUCUAGCUGCCUGCCGUGUGCACAAGAGAACAGAGCUUGGGAGAUUAGCUGCAAAGAAGAUCAUUGAUAUGAAACCAGAGGAUUCAGCUGCGUAUGUGUUGUUGUCUAAUAUGUAUGCAGAGUCAGGAGAUUGAGAGAGAGCGAAAGUAAGGAAGCUGAUGGAGGAGAGGAAGGUGAAGAAAGAAGCUGGCUACAGCUGGAUUGAGGUGAAGAACAAGACUUAUGCGUUCUUGGCUGGCGAUCGGUCUCAUCCUCUCAGAGAUCAGAUCUAUAAGAAGCUAGAGGAUUUGAGUAGACGGCUGAAGGAUUUAGGGUAUGAGCCGGAUACGAGUUAUGUGCUUCAAGAUAUUGAUGAUGAGCAUAAAGAAGCUGUUCUUGCUCAGCAUAGUGAGAGAUUAGCUAUUGCUUUUGGGUUGAUAGCUACACCAAAGGGAAGUCCUCUUUUGAUCAUUAAGAACCUUAGGGUCUGUGGGGAUUGUCAUGCAGUUAUCAAAUUGAUUGCCAAGAUUGAAGAAAGAGAGAUUGUAGUUAGAGAUACUAAUCGGUUUCAUCACUUUAGUAGUGAUGGAAUUUGCUCAUGUGGGGAUUUUUGGUGACUAUAAUACAACGAAAAACUUUUUGUGCAAUGUUUUGGGAUCAAAUCAAACAUGGGCAUGAGAUUUGUUUCUUUCUGAGUAAGUACGUGAGUAAGUGAUGAGACUAUUAUAGUGACGGGGUACUGCAUGGAAUUACACAGUUAAGUCUUUGGUUUAGCAACUUCAGUGGCGUAGUGACUACAAAACUUAAAAAAACUCCACCACUAUUCUUUUUAGUCUUUCUGUAAUUUGCUUGAUCUAUUGAGAAUAAUGCAAAUACAAAAUAAUAAACGGAAUCAUAUUAUACUAUUAUAGAUGUAUAUCCCAUUAAUAUAAGCAAAUUUAAUUUGUAAAAACGGAAUCCUAAAUUUAUUUGAAAAAUGGAGGUAUGAGGAUGUUGUUUUGUUUUCCUCAAAGGGUGAGCACGCCCUAAAGAUACCAAUCUGGAGUACAAGAAAUCUUUAGAUUACAAUGGCAACCUCCACCAAAAGCUUUCUCCAAACAAUACAGCAUUACAAGAAUGGUUCUGCUAAGUUUAUAAGGCCAUGACUAUCCCUAAAACUGUUUUUUUUUUUGGGUUUCUUAAAUUUUUUUUUUUUGGUUUUUUUGAUUAUUUUUUUUUUUUUAAAAGAGAACCAAUCGCGGACUGUUGUCACGUGUCAGUGGAGCCCGAAAAUAGUACAAAAAACAGACAAAAGUGGAUCCUAAUUUCAUCUCUUCUAUCACCGGUUUUUAAUCAAAAAAUAUAACCCACCACUUAAAAACCCUUCGUAUAACCCCCAUAAUUGUGCUCUUUAGAGCAGGUUUAAUGCAGUAGCUUAAGGCUGUUGCUUAAGGUUAAUUACAAUUUAAAAAAAAAAGAAAAAAGAAAAAAAAACGAACAGACGUUGCUUAAUUAAGCACGGGAAGCGUCGUCCCUAAACGAGCACGUGUCGCUAAGGAAUUGGCUUGAGGAGAGGUGUCGUUGGCUUCCGUCGCGUUUCUUCUUUUCUUUCUCUCUCU